AUGAUAAAGAAAGACUCCUGUGUUAUGCCACUGGAGAGUCUGUCUCUGGAUUCAAAGGACAGACAUAUGGGAGUGGGCUGUAUAAACAGACAGCAGGCGGGAACCAAGAUGUAACACAGCAUGAAAUUCAAGGGGAGAUGCAGGACAUGAAGAAUGUGAAUCCUCACUGAAAACAUUUCAAUACAGAUACACAAGUCACUUACAGUUACUACCACUCUGCAGGUAGGACUUAGGGGCAAGGCAACACCGACACCCCAGAAAUACACCAUGACAAAGGUGUGCAGGAUUAGGGUCUUCCUAACCUGUGGCACAGCGUUCCACAGCGCUAGGCUGUGUGUCUCACUGGACAUGCUCCCCCAUGGCUGAGCCAGUCCAAGUCCCAUCUCCCCUGAUCUCUGCCCUCUUCCAGGCCUGGGCCUGAGUUUCAGGGAGUAAACUGGUUCUUUCUUUUCCCUGCCACCAGGCGGAGGGCAGCUUCCAGCAGAAGCCCUGGCCCUCCAUCUGCCCCAUUCUGUCUGGGCAUGGGCACAGUGCCAACAGCCAGGAGAACAGAGCAGCCACACAUUCAAAGCUCAGAGAUCCCUGACACCACUCAGAUAAGCCCAGUGUCGUCUCUCAAAGACUUCUCCUCUGCAGCAACCCCCAACACCCCUACCUUCCUGAGGCCACUCUCUUAGGGCAGACAGAAUUGUCCCAAUUUCCCUGGCCCCGGGAUUACCGGACUGUCAGUGAAGCAAGGGUGCUGACCGGAACUGAGGGCUGGGGGCAGGGUGGCCAUUCUGACUGAGUCCAUGUUGGUGAUGCUCCUGCUCAGCUUUCAGUGCCCAGGGCACCGAUGAGCUCACAGGCUGAAUGAGUAGGUAGCUCCAGCAGCCACCGGAAGAUGUGGGCUUGCAACACCCACCAGUCUCCCUGUGUGGGAGGACCCUCCCAUCACUCUUGUGGUAUUCAGCAACUGGACACUUGGGAGCCCACACAGCCCUGACACGCCCUAGCCCUGCUGUCUGCUUCCUGGGUCUCCACAGUGAUCAUCUCUGUGAGAACACAGUAGGAGCCCAGGGAACCCUUAGGAUUUGGGUCAAAAGCCCCAGAAGCUGAUGCAUGAGGGAGUAGUAGGAAAACUGUUCCUCCAGCUAGACUCCAGCUACAUUAGGACAGCCUUUCGAAGCUGUCACGUGAUGUUGCCCCGCCUGUCACGUGAUCCCAAUCACGUGACCACCCGGCGCCCAUCUCAGAAUCGAGCAUGAACUUCCAGCCUUGUGUCCCUGCGGACCAUGGGGUCCCUUCCUGGGUCCUGGUCCUGCUGCUGGCACUGGGACUGUGCAACCUCCAGGCCGGAGGUGACAGAGUUCUAGACCCUGACUUUCGGGAGAACUAUUUCAAGCAGUAUAUGGACCACUUCAACUUUGAGAGUUUCGGCAACAAAACCUUUAGCCAGCGGUACCUGGUGUCAAACAGGUUCUGGAACGUGGCCGAGGGGCCCAUUUUCUUCUACGCGGGGAAUGAAGGGGACAUCUGGUCCUUCGCUAACAACUCUGGCUUCAUGGUGGAACUGGCCGCCCAGCAGAAGGCCCUGCUUGUCUUUGCUGAGCACCGGUACUACGGGAAAUCGCUUCCAUUCGGCGUGCAGUCCACACAGCGCGGGUAUACGCAGCUGCUGACUGUGGAGCAGGCUCUGGCGGACUUUGCCGUGCUGCUCCAGGCCCUGCGGCAGGAUCUUGGGGUCCAGGAUGCUCCCAUCAUAGCCUUCGGAGGGAGUUAUGGGGGGAUGCUGAGUGCCUACCUGAGGAUGAAGUACCCCCACCUGGUGGCUGGGGCGUUGGCAGCCAGUGCUCCUGUCGUGGCUGUUGCAGGCCUUGGUGACUCCUACCAAUUCUUCCAAGACGUCACAGCGGAUUUCUAUGGCCAGAGUCCCAAGUGUGCCCAGGCUGUGCGGGACGCCUUCCAGCAAAUCAGGGACUUGUUCCUCCAGGGAGCUUAUGACACCAUCAGGCAAAAGUUUGGUACCUGCCAGUCACUUUCCAGCCCCAAAGACCUGACUCAACUCUUUGGGUUUGCUCGGAAUGCAUUUACCAUGCUUGCCAUGAUGGACUACCCGUACCCUACUGAUUUCCUUGGAAACCUUCCUGCUAACCCUGUCAAGGUGGGCUGUGAACGGCUGCUCAGUGAGAGCCAGAGGAUCGUGGGCCUACGAGCACUGGCAGGGCUGGUCUACAACUCCUCGGGCACGGAGUCCUGUUUUGACAUCUACCAGCUGUAUCAAAGCUGUGCUGACCCCACUGGAUGUGGCACCGGCUCCGAUGCCAGGGCCUGGGACUACCAGGCCUGUACCGAGAUCAAUCUGACCUUCAACAGCAACAAUGUGACAGACAUGUUCCCCGACAUCCCAUUCUCUGAAGAACUCCGCCAGCAAUACUGCCUGGAUACAUGGGGCGUGUGGCCCCGGCAAGACUGGCUGCGGACCAGCUUCUGGGGUGGCGACCUUAAAGCUGCCAGCAACAUCAUCUUCUCCAAUGGUGACUUAGACCCCUGGGCAAGGGGCGGGAUCCAGAGCAACCUGAGUACGUCCAUCAUUGCUGUCACCAUCCACGGGGGAGCACAUCACCUAGACCUCAGGGCAUCUAACUCAGAAGACCCUCCAUCUGUCGUGGAGGUUCGUAAACUGGAAGCUACCCUCAUCCGUGAGUGGGUAGCAGCAGCCAGACUAAAGCAACCAGCAAUGCCUUGAAGGCCUGGGCCUGAGAAGCAGCACUCUUCCAGCUAAGACACAGCAAUUGUGAGCAAUUGUGACAUGACAGCUUGCCUCACAUCUGAAGGACUGUCCAGAUCUAUGGUGGCCUGCCUGCAGUGGACUUCAAAAAAGUGGUACCAAGGCUAGUGGUAGACGGAAAGAACUGAAUAAACAUGGUUGUUGGGCUAGA